UCUCUCUCUCUCGCGUCGAAAACCAUCUCAAUCAAAGAAGACAGCCCCGACUUACAAUGGGCCUCACGAAGAUACUACUGGUAUUAGCUCUAACAACGGCUAUAACCAUCGCUCUCCCGAUGACAUUCAGCAACAACAAAGACGAUAAAAACUCUACCUUCAAGCAACAGAUACAAACACAAACGCCCCAUCGAAAUGCCAGAAAGGUGAGUCGUUUCUUGGCAGAAAAGGGGAAACCUUUACGAAAUCCUAAUGCGGCAGAUCACUGCAACAAGAACGAAGAGAUAUGCAAGAGACAAGGAGGAGGGAAUAACUACAACUCGACCAUGUCAUGUUGCAACAACAAAUGCGUGAAUUUGUCAUACGAUAACGACAACUGUGGAGCAUGUAAUAACCAGUGCAAGUUCACGCAGACUUGUUGCAGAGGAGAAUGCGUUUACUUGGCUUAUGACAAGAGACAUUGUGGAGAAUGCAACCAUCGGUGUCAAGUUGGAGAGCUUUGUGUUUAUGGUUUGUGUAACUAUGCAUGAUAUUAUUAAGGUAGUGUUGA